AAAGUAGAGGAGAGUGUACCAGUUUUAAGUUCGAGCCCGGGGGCGCUCCAGCUUCCUUCUUUCUACUCUGGAAUAGCUCCACAUCCGCAGUGGCUCUGGGCAGGGAACAAACUCUCCCAAGUUGGAACCCGCCCAGGGCACAGGACAACCCCGCGCCGGGCGCACGGCCCAGCCUGGAACUCCACUCGCUCAGGCAGACGGGUGGAGCCAGGUGGAGAAAGGGAGUUGUGUGCAUUUUGUCCCAGGCCAGGGGAUUGGGGGCGGUGCUCCUCCCUCGUGGUGGAGAAGAGGAGGAGGAAGAGAGGGUAGCUUCUCUGCAGCGCGGUGCCAUCGCCCCGCCCCUAUACCUCUGAAGCCUCAGGGCUGCCCUGGACUACCAAAGCUGCUGAGGACAGAGCGCAGAAGCGAGUACCUCCAGCGCCUGGCCGGGAUGUGCCGAGUGCCGGGAUCCCAGAGAUCGAGAGCCACAGCUGCGAGCCCCAGUUGGCUCGCGCUAGGCUCGUGGUCUGCGCUGCCUGGGCUGCUGCCGCUGCUGUUUCUGUACUCACUUCUAUGGCCCGGAGUGAGCUCCUGGAAGCUCACCAUCCUGCACACCAAUGACCUACACAGCCGCCUGGAGCAGACCAGCGAAGACUCUGGCAAAUGCACUGUCGUUGCGAAGUGCGUGGGCGGCGUGGCCCGCUUGAGCACCAAGGUCCAGGAGAUCCGCCAAGCCGAACCCAACGUGUUGCUACUGGAUGCUGGGGACCAGUACCAGGGAACUGUCUGGUUCACCGUAUACAAGGGCACCGAGGUGGCUCAUUUUAUGAACGCCUUGGGUUACGAUGCUAUGGCCCUGGGAAACCAUGAAUUUGAUAAUGGAGUGGAGGGAUUGUUGAAUCCGUUACUUAAGGAAGUCAAGUUUCCAGUUCUCAGUGCUAACAUUCAAGCCAAAGAACCACUUGCAUCUCAAAUAUCUGGAUAUUAUCAUGCAUAUAAAAUUCUACCUGUUGGUCAAGAGAAAGUGGGAAUCAUUGGGUAUACCUCCAAGGAGACCCCUGUCCUUUCAAGACCAGGAAAAUAUUUAGCAUUUGAAGAUGAAAUCCCUUCCUUGCAGACCCAAGUGGAUAAGCUGAAAACUCUUGGAGUGAACAAAAUUAUUGCCUUGGGCCACUCAGGUUUUGAAAUGGAUAAGCUCAUUGCUCAAAAGGUGAAAGGUGUGGAUGUUGUAGUGGGAGGACACACGAACACAUUUCUCUAUACAGGCCGCCCUCCUCCAUCCAAGGAAGUGCCUGCUGGGGACUAUCCAUUCAUAGUCACAGCUGAUGAUGGCCGGAAGGUCCCAGUUGUUCAAGCUUAUGCAUUUGGAAAAUAUCUGGGGUACCUAAAUGUUGAAUUUGACAAUGAAGGAAAUGUAGCCACAUCACAUGGAAAUCCUAUUCUCCUAAACAGCAGCAUUCCAGAAGAUCCACUCAUAAAAGCAGAAAUCGACAGGUGGAGGGUAAAACUGGACAAUUACUCUAAGCAGGAGUUAGGGAAAACCAUUGUUUAUCUGGAUGGCUCCACACAAACCUGCCGCUUUAAGGAAUGUAACAUGGGGAAUUUGAUUUGUGAUGCUAUGAUUUACAACAACCUUAGACAUCCUGAUGAAAUGACUUGGAACCAUGUUUCCAUGUGCAUCCUGAACUCAGGAGGCAUUCGAGCCCCCAUUGAUGAACAGAACAAUGGUACAAUCACAUGGGAAAACCUGGCUUCUGUGUUGCCCUUUGGGGGCACUUUUGACCUAAUUGAGUUAAAAGGCUCCACUCUGAAAAAGGCCUUUGAGCACAGUGUACAUCGCUACGGCCUGUCCUCUGGAGAGUUCCUGCAGGUGGGCGGAAUCCAUGUAGUAUAUGAUCUGAAACAAAAUCCUGGGAAUAGAGUGAUAAGUUUAGAUGUUCUUUGUACCAAGUGCCGAGUGCCAACUUAUGUGCCUCUCCAAAUGGAUGAAGUCUACAAAAUUGUCCUCCCAAGCUUUCUCGCUGAAGGAGGGGAUGGAUUCCAAAUGAUUAAAGAAGAAUCCUUGAAGCACGAUUCUGGUGACCAAGAUAUCAAUGUCGUUUCUGAAUACAUCAACAAAAUGAAAGUGGUUUAUCCAGCAGUUGAAGGCCGGAUCAAAUUUUCUUCAGGCAUUCAUCUUCAAGCAAACCUCUUCAUCAUCUCCCUCACAUUUUUGGCACUGAAUUUGGUUCUUUACCAAUAACUGAGUUUUUUUCAUGAAAUUUAUAGGAGUAGGAAAAACACAAAACAGAUUGCUCUGCAAGUGUUUUUAAAAAAUUUUUUUGGACAAUGGUUAAGGUUCUGAUUUGUGCUCAGUUACCUACCAUUAUGAAAGCACAAUUCAGCUUCAUAGGUCUGCUUGAAGCUAAUGCUUCCUGAAUAUUGUAACAACUCAUUAACUCGGGAUGGGGAUGGGAGGGAGGACUGGUGAGCUAUGGAUGAGCAAGAAUAACACAAGAAAAUAAGUGUCCCACACUGUUACUAAACUUUUUAGCUUUUAUGCCUUGGGAUUCAAUGAAUAACAAAUAGCAAGAAAUACUAAGUUGGUACAACUUCCCAAGUAGUUUAAAAAAAAAUACACAUAUUUUAAGUUGCGUUCUCCUUUUCUAUACCCAAGCCAGGAUGUCACUUCCAGAAGUACAGAUAAUUUCAUUGAGAUGCUUGGCUGUCUUCUUUCAUUAUCAAUGUCAGUUAGUUAGUCUAUCUAGGACACUGAAAGGAUUAUUUCUGAGCCAUAUCUAUUCAAUGCCCUUAGUGCUCAAAGGAGGUGUUGGAUAUCUUGUCCAAUUAAUAUGAUGCAAGUUCCAGGGUAAUACUUUCCCUUUUUUUUAAGGCUUUGAAUUGGAGUGGUUGUGUGGUAUAGUGAAUAAACUUGGAGUCAGGAAGAAUUGUCUUUCAAGUCCUGUCACUGACAUACUUAGCUGUGUAACCAGGGACAAGUCAUUUAACUUCCCAGUGCCCUGGACAGCUUCCUAAGAUUUUAACAUACAAAUGAAUUUCUAAUCUGCUUUGGUAGAGGGAAUUUUCAGACCAGGAUUUCCAAGUGUGAAAAAGGUCAGACCUUUAAAAAAAAUAAAGACUUUUUAUUACAUUUCAUUUGGA